AUGGACAUCCCCCCCAGCAGCAGAGACUUCCACUGCCUGCAGCUGGCCUGUGUGGCCCUCGGCCUGGUGGCCGGCAGCAUCAUCAUCGGUGUCUCGGUGUCCAAGGCCGCGGCUGCUGUGGGCGGCAUAUUUCUUGGCGCUGCUGGGCUAGGGCUCCUUAUCUUCGCCUACCCCUUCCUAAAGGCUCGGCUCAACCUGGACCACAUUCUGCCUGCGAUAGGUGAUGGAAGUUUGGGAUGCUCUCUUCCUGCAGGAAACCUGAGAAUCCACCCCAACCCAGGCCCAGACCAUGGGGAAGGAAGAUCCAGCACCAAUGGCAAUAAGGAAGGAGCCCGCAGCAGCCUGUCCACUGUGAGCAGGACCCUGGAGAAGCUGAAGCCAGGAGGCCGUGGGGGCGAGGAGGGCUGA